CAUUAACCGGCAGACGUUCAGUCGCCAUAUAAACUUGUUACCAAGAACAACUUAUACCAAGCUAUACAAAAAUUAAGCUGCCACAGCAACAACAAAAAGUGAAAUCUUUUCAAAAAUAGAUACAAAUUGAUGAAAAUAAGAGCACAUUUUUUAAAAGUAAAAUAUAUUGCCUAAGUUCAAAAAGACUGAAUUUGUGAAUUAUAUUAAUUCCAAAAAGAAAACACUAACUUAAAUACUACUAGAAAAGUGUUUUCCACAAUUUCCAAGUACAGUUUUAAGUCACAUUUGUACAUUUUGCGCAAGAAAGCCAACUUCCAGCUCAGCAAAAUCGAUAGAAAUACUCAAAGUGAACAUUUUUAUACUCAAAAAAGCUUAACUUUGCGCACCAAUACACACACAAAAAGUGCUGCAAAAGCUCCGGCAAUCGUGCGAUUUUUAUAACUCGCUAUUGACAUCGUGUGUUUUAGUGAAAAAGAUUGCGUGCCCAGACAGCCGAGUUGCUGAAAAGAGACACAAUUUUUAUUGAACAUUGAAUUGAAAUUCAGUUAUUGCUGAACUUUUGUAAAACCAACAAGACACUAAAAAAGAACUGCUGAACAGCCAGUAAAAAUUUUAACAAAAAAAGCUAGAAAAUAAAAUUACACUAAUAAAGAAGCUAAUAAAAAAAGACUGUGUGCCUUUUGUAUGAAAAAAAAUAUAGAAACUAAAAACAAAAGCAAAUAAGCACAAAAAAAUCUAAAAGAGAUUAAGCAAAAAUUCAAGCAUAACUUUGCUGCAAAAAUCAUUGCUAAAAGAAGCGACUUUUUUCCGUCGAAAAAUCAACAGCCAACGUGUCGUUUCUUACGCUUUAGUAAGAAAAAAUUUUUUAAAGCUGUGAAAUUGUUAUAUAAUUUCAAAACUAAAACUAUCGCUCGCUCAUUAAAAAGCGUUACAUAGAGACUCAACACACAAACACACAUAUCACACACGCCCAAAUAAAGGCAAUCAAAAAAAAAUAAAAAUAAAAAUAAAAGUGUUAAGCGUUAAAGUGCGCUGUUGAGAUAGAAAAAAAAAAGCGAAUAACUAUAAACUUUGGUGAGAGAAAUUAAAACCAGCAACACGCGCGACACCGAGAAAAAAAUGAUGGGCACAAUGUCGAUGCGUCAACCUGAAAAUUGGCUAUACGAAAUUUGGCAGAAGGGACAAGACAGUCCAUGCUAUGUGAUGGUACCCAAUGCAAAAGAUCUGGUCAAAUCCCAUCUUAUGAUAGCUGUUCGCGAGGAAGUUGAAGUACUCAAGGAGAAAAUUUCCGAGCUGAUGGAUAAGAUCAAUCAACUUGAAGUUGAGAAUACCAUACUGAAGGCGAAUAUGUCGCAGGAGACAUUGCAACAAUUGCAAAUGCAAACGCAGCUACAAAUCGCUGGUAGCAACUCAAACAGCCAAAGUAAUGACAGCAAUGCAGGAACACCGGCGAUUACAGCAGGCACGACGAAUGGUGGCACAGCGCCAGCCAACAAUAUGAUUGCUGCAGCGCCUCAGCAACAGCAGCAGCAGCAACAACAGCAAGCUGGCACUCCAACAUCAGCAGCUGCGGCUAACGAGAGCAACGAUGCCAGUCCAGCGGCAGAGACAACAACAACAGCAGGCACAGCAGCAUCAGGAGCAGCAGCGGCCAACAAUGGUGAUGAAACUACAGCAGCGGCCACCACAAAUGGUCCAUUGCCAUCCUCCUAAGCGCCACAAGUUGAAGCGUUUGUUGAAUCAGCUUAGUUGAAGCGAGGAGUAGAGUUAAAAUAAACAGAAGAAGAAGAAGAAGAAGCGAGAAAAAAUCAAAUCAGAAAACUUUCAAAGCCACAGUUUUUGAAGAUUUGGUGGCGUUACAUAAGUGGGAUUGUGUAAUGUUGGUGAAUGUUUUUUUUUGUUGUAAUAACAAUGUGUAACUAAAUAUAUAGUUGCUGUGUCUGUGUGUGUGUGUGUCGUAUAGACUGAAGAAUUGUAUGCGCAGGUAUACAAAAAAUUUAAUGAGAAUCUUUUAUUGUUUUGUAUUGCUUUGGCUUAAGAUUUGAUUAAGAAAAAAAAAUUUUUAGUGAAAGAUUUUCAUUGCCAACCAAAGUAGUAAGAGAACAUAAAGUUAAAAGUAUUGGCUGCGAAAAUGUUUGCUGUUUUUGAGAAAUAGCGCUAAGCGUUGUUGCUACGGAGUAAAUGUAUAACAAAGUUGUUAAAGUUGUACUACAUAUUUUAAAUACAUACAUACAUAUAUUUAUUUUUUUACAUACACAUGCAAGUUACAAGCAGCUUUCGAUUUUAAGGGAAUGCAGAAUUUUUCAAAACAGCAAACAUUAUUAGCCAAGAACUGCCAAAGCAAUACAAAAAAGCAA